AUGUUGACUGCCCGGAGGCCGUCAGCGACCCCUCAGCUCGUUGCUGAUGGGCUGCUGCCCAUAGAACAUAGAACUCUACUGGCCAAUGGCAAUCACUUCCAGAAUAGUACAGUUAUUGUUGGUUUGCUAGUCGUGCCAGUAGCUCGAGAUAUUCCCUUCGCUUUGCGUGAUGCAUAUGCACGCGAAAUUGACGCCAAGCUGAAUUCAGGCGUGUACAAACGGGUCGAAUACUCGGAGUGGGCUUCGACGACCCAUGUUGUGGCAAAAAGGAACGGGAAAUUACGUAUCACGGGAAACUAUGAACCUACACUAAAUCCUCAGCUGAUCGUAGACAAACAUCAAAUCCCACGAGUGGAGUGCAUCUUUAACAAGAUGCGAGGCGCGAAGUGGUUCUGUCAUCUUGACAUCACGGAUGCCUAUACGCAUCUUACAAUCGACGACGAAUGUACUCACACGAUGACUCUCAACACGCCUACUCAUGGCCUAAUCCGACCGACACGCGCGAUCUACGGAGCAGCAAACAUCCAUGCAGUGUGGCAACGUCGAAUGGAAGAAGUGCUGCGUGAUCUGCCCUGCGUCGUCAAUUUUUUCGAUGAUACCAUCGUCUUCGCAGACUCGUUCGAGAACUUGCUCCGGGCCCUGUGUGCCGUGCUGGAAAGGAUGCGUCAUCAUGGGCUGAAACUCAACAGAGCCAAAUGUAAAUUUGCAGAAACUACACUCCACUGCCUGGGUCACAAACUUGAUGCACAGGGAAUCCACAAAUCCGACUGCCACAUCGAAGCUAUCCGCGAUGCACCAAAGCCUUCAACACCGGAGGAACUUUUUCUGGGAAAGGCUACGUAUUACAGCGCAUUCAUCCCGGAUUUGUCAACGCGAGAUCGGCCUUUGCGUGACAUGCUUCGUAGCGAACCGUUUACCUGGACUCCAGCUGGCGAAAAAGCAUACGUCGACAUCAAAGAAACUUUGGUAUCACCCCAGGUUCUCAUGCAAUACGACCCCUCGCUACCGCUAUUGCUGGCGACUGAUGCCAGCAAAACCGGGUUGGGAGCUGUGCUGUCGCACCGCCUGAGCAACAAUCAGGAACGACCAAUCGCCUAUGCAAGCCGAACGAUGAGCGCCACAGAGCAACGAUACCCUCAAAUUGAUAAGGAGGCGCUCGCGAUUGUGUGGGCUGUGAACAAGUUUUUCGUCUAUCUCUACGCACGUCAUUUCGUUCUCAUCACGGACCACAAACCGCUAACACAAAUCCUGCAUCCAGAAAAAUCACUGCCGGUGCUGUGCAUUAGUCGGAUGGCAAACUACGCGGAUUACUUGGCUCAUUUUGACUUCGAGGUGGUUUUCAAAGACUCGAAGGCAAACGCCAACGCAGACUACUGUUCCAGGGCGCCGUUACCAACCACGGUCAACCAAGUUUGUCUUCAGUCAUUGGUAGAGGGGGAAGAAGCAGGAACGGACGAAUUUGACCACUUUGUACUCCACCAAAUCAAACAAUUACCAAUUCGAGCAGAAGCCAUCGCCAGGGCAACGAGGAAAGAUGAGUACCUUGGCAACAUUCUGAAGCUUUUGGAAUCAGGUCAAGACCUCCUUCGUCACGGCUUCAAGUCACCUGAAGCCAACUACACCGCGGCCGCUAAUUAUUUGUUGUUUGAACACAGAGUUGUGAUUCCACCUUCACUCAGAAACGCCAUUCUUCAGGAUUUGCACGCCGCUCACAUCGGAAUCGUCAAAAUGAAAGGGCUGGCCCGCUCGUUUGUUUUCUGGCCUGGCAUCGAUGCUGCAAUUGAGCAUGUCGCCAAAUCUUGCACUGAAUGUGCAAAGCAUGCACACGCCCCCGUCCAAUUCCGAGAGCACCACUGGGAGUACCCUACAGCUCCAUGGCAGAGAAUCCACAUUGAUUGA